AUGGACUUCACGGUAGCAACGUCGCCCCAGGAGAGCUCGGAAGGGUCAUGUCAAUGGGGAGUCCUGCAACAGCAGUCCCUCGAGGACUUGGAGGCCUCGGGCUUUUGCUAUCCUGCCGACACCAAGCCGCGUCAGUUUCGCUUCAUCGAUGCGCAUGCGUUCGUUCACGACCGCCGACUAGACAUUGUUUACGCCACCACGCCGACCCAGUUCAAAUAUUGUGCUAUUUCAUAUGUCUGGCACGGACUGCGGCCCUUUUCACGGAGGAAUGCCGUCUUUAACAUCAAGCAUAUUCGAGAUGCCGAUCCGGUCAAUAUUGAUAUUCUGGACCACGCGUGUGAAUUGACGAUCAGAAAAGGCGGACGGUACUUGUGGCUGGAUCUUGUCAGCAUUAUUCAGCAGAGUGAAGAUGACAAGAAUUGGCAAAUCCAACAGAUGGCUGAAGUCUACCGCCAUUGUAUCUGUUGCAUUGUCCUUCCAGGGGGCUUACAGAGGCUCGCUCGGCUAAGAUCCAGGGAACCUACACCAUGGAUGACGAGACAUUGGACGUUUCAAGAGGCAGCGUUGCCACCCGAUGCCCAGUGCUUGUUCCAUUGGAACUUGGGCAGCGGCUUCAUCUCAGGCUGGAUCCGCAUCACUAAACUGACUGACUUGUUAAAAAUGAACCUCAGCAACACGGAGGUUGGUCAGAAUUUUGUGUCCGAUUCCGGAUCGAGCUUUGUCUUAUCACUGAGUAGCACCAUGAGGCUCGCGGACGGUGUGUUGGGCCCUUCACGGAUGCGCAAUACUCUCCUUGCAGCCAUGGGCACAGAUCGCGAUCUUCGAGAGAAUGCCAUCUGGGGAACCAUCUUUUUGCGCUCGGGGACCAUUCCUGCUGAUGCCAUCUUCAGUACCAUGGGCCUACUAGGGAUUAACCUAGAACCUCUAACGAAUUUCACUGGGCCCAAUGGACGCCUUGCUGCAACUAUCAGACUUGCUCAAGAGUAUCUCAAAAGAAACGGGAAGGCGCACUGGCUCUCGCUAGUGGUGACUCGAGUCCUAGACCCUCAACUACGUCAAAUACUCUAUUACCACCCAAAGAAUUGGGCUAGUAGAAGUACCGGCAUGUGGCCAAUCCUUGACAGAAGAAUGUGUACUAUCCCUCAUGAGGUUCAGGGACAGCUUGACCCUUACGGAGGGCAAGUAAGCAUUGGCACUCUAGCCAUCGCAUCCAGGACGGGUUGGUUCGGAACUUCCAUUCGACUUGCCAACCCUCCAACAGGCACGCUCGACGAUGCUGGUUACCUUGAAAUCAAUGUGCCAUCUAUGCUUUUGCUCGCCGGCUCAUCACGUCCAUGGAGAUAUGAAGACAUUGUCCAUGACGAUCCUAAUAUUCCCGACACCUACCUCCCCGACUCCAAAGACUACUGGCUCAUCGUUCUCGGCUCGGUGUUGGAGACUCACGAACAUGAGGCCUAUCAAAAUAUCGUCGAGGGAGAAGUCGGGUUUGUGCUCGACGAACAUGGCACUGAUCGCUGGCAUAUCGUCAAAGUGGUGGUAUUGUCGCAACCCGAUCGCUAUAGGCAUCUUCUGAGAAAUCGUUCUUUCGCGAUCGGCGGGCCAGAACCAAUUAAUGACCUCUUCACCUAA